GACGAGUGUACCGAAUGAGCCAACCAGUUAGUGACUUUGGCUGACGCGGACGCUGAACGACAGUGCGAGUCACGACAUUUAUCGCAAUGUUUUCGACUUUUAAUCAGAGCAAUCGUACUUUGCGAUUGGAUCUUUGCCAGCUAAGAUUUUUAUGGUUACUCGUCAUGUUAAUCUCCCAAAGUGUUUUUCCCCAUUAUAACCCAGUUUUCAAUACAGCGAUUAAUCCCCUCUUGGCCAUCCUUCGAACCUAUGUGCGUGGCGUAUCGAUUUCAGCAUGAUUCCCUUGUGACCUCACAUUAUGUUCGAAUUUGCAAACCCACACUGAUAUGUUCCUCUUAUUUAGUCUGCUAUUCUCUGCACCCUCAAGUUGUUAGAUUCCACAUUUUCUUCACAACUUGAGGAUGUCGAGUUCUCCCUUCUCUGACGCUGACAUGGCCUCGCUCGUAGAGGACAAUACCCAGUACCCUCAACAAGUAUGGUAUACUAUCGCCGCCUUUCUUUUUGUAGUCGGCUGCUUCCAAUGGGGAUUAUUCCUUCACUCAAAGUUCGCCAGGCGGGCAUGCCAUAAGUACGACGAAGAAACGGUCAUCACCAACGGGGUUCAUCGAAAAUUUUCUCUUCGUCGAAUUCCGCUUGCCGUCAUAAAUGUCUAUCGCAUUGUUGCCUUCCGAUGGACCCUGGAAAUAGGACAAUCUUAUACCCUCAACAUGGCAGAGGUUUUCGUCACUGUGGCAUACAUCGUCCUCCUGUUGAUUUAUGCCUUCAUUAAUACCACCUCAGCCGAGGGUCAGAAGCUUGACAUCAACUUCUGGAGCAACCGUAUAGCCAUGCUGGCGGCUAGUCAGCUUCCAAUUGUCACAGCGCUUGGCACAAAGAACAAUAUCGUGUCUCUGGCCACGGGCAUCAGUUACGAUAAGCUCAACUAUACUCAUCGAAUGAUAGCUAGGACAUGCUUCAUGCUACUUUGGGUACAUGGGGCAGGCCAGAUUGUAUCCUAUCCCAACUUCCAGGAAACUCUGAGCCAACCAUGGCUUCGCGCCGGUAUCACUGCCAUGAUCGCUUUCUCUAUUCUGAUCUUAGUAUCACUGCGUCCCGUUCGCAGUAACAUCUAUGAGGUUUUCUUUUGUGUUCACAUCCUUAGCGUCCUCGUAGUGCUGGUGGGAGGAUAUUAUCACGCCAAGGGUGCUUACGGGUCGUACUGGAUAUGGCCCUCGUUUGUGUUCUGGGCUUUCGAUCGCUUCAUCCGAGCAAUCCGACUUGUCGUAUUCAAUCACUCUUACUUUGGGUUCAAGUCAGGAACUGGGACAAUGGACGCAGCGACAGAAUUGCUUUCCGAAGGUGUCAUUCGACUACGUCUAUGUCGACCCCCGCAUUUCCAUUGGUCCCCAGGACAAUCAGCAUAUCUAAUCAUGCCCUCAGUUUCGACACUGCCAUUCGAAGCGCACCCUUUUACUAUUGCGAGUUUUGAUUCUAGUCUGCUGUCAACCGCAUCAGCGGAGGAUCGACCCAGCCGUGAUGUUACGGGACCUAGCGCUCCGUUCUGGAAGGAGCUAGUAUUUUUGGUCAACGUGCGGGGGGGUUUCACGAAAAAACUAAAGGAAAUAGCUGCCAGGAAGGAAACUGUCAAAGUUUUUGUGGACGGUCCUUAUGGCCCAUCUCCUGACCUCAGUUCAUAUGAUACCUCUGUAUUGGUGGCAGGCGGAUCUGGCGUCUCGUAUACUCUCCCUGUCUUCCUCAACAUUAUCGAACGCGUACGCAAGGGGAAAAGUUCUUGCACACGGGUUGUGUUCAUUUGGGCAAUUCGCGGUGCUGAGUACGUCCAAUGGAUCGAAGAGGCGCUUAUCAAAGCCGUUCGGCUUGCCCCGCCGUCUUUGACAGUUUCUAUCCGCAUCUUUAUCACUGCUUCAUCCACGACGCAAUCCAAGUCCUUCAGGGAAGACGAUGACAGCAUUUCAAGCUCCACCGAGAAAAAACGCAAUCCCGGACACAUGACAGCUAGGAAAUAUUCCUUAUCACUAUCAUUCAUGUCGCUGCGCGGCGUUAGGACUGAAAAUGGAAGACCGGAUCUAGAUGCACUGCUCAAAGAAGAGGUCAGUGUAACCUCGGGGAGGAUGUCGGUGAGCGUUUGCGGAUCGCAGGCUAUAGCGCGUGCGGUUCGUCAUGCGCUUCGUUUCCCGGUCUCUGGGCCUUCUAGUAUCCUCAGUGGUGGACCGAGCAUCACACUGCAUGUCGAAUCGUUUGGAUACGCUUGAUAGUCUUGAUUCCCUUUUACUUAUACUCCAUUGUUCACUGUAUGAUUGACCCAUGAUUACUGUGUAAUCAUCUCGCGAUUUGUUACUGUAGCUUUCGAGGAAUGUAUCCGUCAGCUGUAAAGGAAGGUUAAAUAGCUUGUACAUAAAGUAGAAUAGACACCUGGUCGGCGAAGACUUCCAUCAUCAUUAGUCUGAAUUUAUCUAAUCAAGCCAUUCAAAUCAACA